UAGGAGUUCAGCCAUAGCAAAGCAAACUGAGACAAGUACAGGAAAGGAAAAAAGUAAUAAAAAUCCCUUUCAGAUCUGAGCUCCACUACUAUCACAAGUCUGUCAUGUAACAGACUUUUUCAGCAGAGAAAGCAGUAUUUCAUCAAAAACUCAAAAAGAGGUUGUUCACAUUUCACAACUCUAAAUCAUGCUGGGAAAGAAGUUGGUGACUGCACAAAAGCGAGGGGAGACAAGAGCCCUCUGCCUGGGACUGGGAAUGGUUGCAUGCUCCAUGAUGAUGUACUUUUUUAUUGGGAUCACCAUUGUGCCAUUUUACACUAACAGUGUUUGGACAACAGAAACUGUGUGCAAGGUACUCAAAGCUAACAUCAAGGACAAAGUUUUCUGCCCAAACAGCGAAGGCUCAGAGGACGAGGAAAUCUUUCCUUAUCCCUGUCUACAGGUGUGGGUUAAUCUGACAGCCUCUGGACAGGAGGUUAUGCUCUACCAGACUGAAGAUACGUUGGAAAGAAAUCCUAAGUGUUCAUACGUCCCAGACAAGUUGGAGAACUCUAAAGAAGUUAAAGCCCAAAUAGAAACAAUUGCAAGCAAUUUCAAAAAAUACCAGACUUUCCCAUGUUACUAUGACCCAGGAGGAACACAGACCAACGUCAUUUUGAGUAGACUUUAUCCCUCAAAAGGCCUCCUCUUUGCUUUCCUCUGGCCUACACUUAUGUUUACUGGUGGAUGUCUGAUUAUUGUUCUGGUAAAAAUUAGUCAAUAUGUUUCUGUUCUUUCUGCUUGGCAGUAAAAAAUAUAUAUCUAGCACAGAUUGUUGCAAUUUUUGGAAGCUACUAAGAUGCAUUUGUUCUGCCUCUCUUAUUGGCAUUUUGUGACUCUUAAUAUACCAGGUGUCGAUUCAAAGGCAGGCAUUCCAAAAAAUUGAAUAGCAACAGAUGGAAGUCCAUUACACAAUGACAAAAUAUCCAACUGAUUCCUAGGAAUGCCUGGAAAUACCUCAUAAACACACAGACUUAGUUACUCUGUAUUGUUUCCUUGGGCGUUAGGACAUACAGCUGCUACAAAGCUACAAUUCACACUUACUACUAAACUAUUCUUCCACGUUUUAGAUGCAGUGCUAAUUUUCUGUCUGGUUGAGAUCAGUUGGUGCCAGAUCCAUAUACAUCAUCACUGGCAGACACACCCUUUAUACCCUUAUACACCAAUACAGUAUGUACUCAUGGCAUUACUCAUCUGCUGAGAAAAGCAGCUUUUUUACAGUACAAAAAAGGUACAUUUUUUAUCGUGAUCGCUCUGCUUUUGAGAAAGGAAAGGGAGAAAGCCCCUCAAAACAAAUAUACACAUACACAGACUUUACAAAAUUUGCACUCAAAUCAUCUGACACCAAUUGUAUAUGAAGAAAUAUAUGCAUAAAGUACAGAAUAUGGUAGAGAAGCCUAUACUAAAAGUAUGUUUUUCUAUUUAACUCAAAUCUUAACCUUGCCUUAUUUGAGACAAGUGUGCCACUCGAGGAAGGCUACCUGGCUGCCAUUUGCAUAGAUUAUAAAACUGAUACGAAAAGGAAGUUAUGAUAUAAAGAAUGUAGUGUCCUGGUUCUGGCCAAGAUAGGGUUAGUUUCUUCAGUAGCUAGGAGGGAGCCUGGCCAGGACCCAGAGGUUAUUCUGUAGCACCUCACCUCAUUUUCUGUGAAAGGGAUGCCUGCCAGCAGAGGGAAUGGUCAGGUAUUGUCGGGGGUGAGAACUCAGGUGCAAAUCAUUUCCUGUACACUCUUUCAUUAGUAUUGUUGCUGUUAUUGUUCGUUGUCUUUUCAUUGCUGUUUCCAGUAAAUUGUUCUUGUCUCAA